AUGCAAGCAGCAAGACAUCUAUUGGGGUCAAUCGUCAAUGCAUCACGUCUUGCACUACGGCAGUCGUCAGCCAUGGGUGCUUUGGCUAUUCGGACGAAGAGUACCAUUGCCAGAAGUUCAUCAGGAUGUGUUUCACCGAGCCACUUAAAGAACAUCGGAUUUAACCUUCCAUUUUGGGAUAAGACUUCAUCUAGUGAUUGUGAGUCAACGCUGAAACUCCCAUCAGUUGGCUGCAUAUCGUCACCAAAACCUUCGUCAGGGGGCUGUGGAUCACCACCGAAACCUCCAUCGGGCGGAUGUGGAUCGCCAGCAAAAUCACCAUCGAGCGGCUGUGGAUCGCCACCGAAAUCUCCGACUGGUGGCUGUAGAUCGACACCAAAACCUCCGACUAGUGGCUGCGGAUCGACACCAAAACCUCCAACUGGUGGCUGUAGUUCACCACCAAAACUAACAUCGGGGGGUUGUGGGUUGCUACCAAAACCUCAAACUGCUGGUGGCUGUGGAUCGCCACCGAAACCUUCAACUGGAGGAUUUGGAUCGCCAUUAAAAUUACCAUCGGGCGGCUGCGGAUCACCACCAAAACCUCCGUCUGGUGGCUGUGGUUCGCAUCCAAAACCACCAACUGGCGGCUGUGGUUCGCAUCAAAAACCACCAUCGGGUGGCUGUGGAGCGACACCGAAACCUCCAACUGGUGGCUGUGGAUCACCACCGAAACCUCCGGCUGGAGGCUGUAGUUCACCACCGAAACCUUCAACUGGAGGAUGUGGAUCACCACCAAAACCUUCAACUGGUGGCUGUGGAUCAACACCAAAACCUCCAACUGGUGGCUGUGGAUUGCCAGCAAAACCACCAUCGGGUGGCUGUGGAUCGCCACCGAAACCUAUUAUUUUAUAUUAUUCUAAUUAA